AAUAAAAUGGUUGGGGAAGUUCCAAAAGAAAGCAGAACCCAACAUCAGCAAGGAACCAUCUUUCUGUUUACAUUUCGAUGAUCUUUCCUUCUCGUUGUCCAAAAAGUGAAAAAAGGUCGUGUCAGAUUUAGGUAUCUUGCUGAGUUGGUGUCAGCUGUCGAGGAUGCUUCGUGAUCUUUUAAACAAGGAAAUUGAAUAUUUGGGGCAAGUCAAGAAUUGAGAAAAGAAGACCUGGGUUUUUGUUCUGUUUGGAUGGGAGCGUGCUGGAGUAACCGAAUCAAGGCUGUUAAUAAUUCUAAUACAGGAGUGAAUUCGAAAAUUGUGAGCAGAGAUGGGAACAAUUUGAGUGUUUCUGGUAGCAAAGUCUCAUCAUCUUCAGUACCACAAACUCCACGGAGUGAGGGUGAGAUUUUACAGUCUUCAAAUUUAAAGAAUUUCAGCUUCAAUGAGCUUAGAACAGCCACCAGAAACUUCAGGCCGGACAGCAUGUUAGGAGAGGGUGGUUUUGGUUCUGUUUUCAAAGGAUGGAUUGAUGAGCAUUCACUUAUAGCUACCAAGCCUGGAACUGGCAUAGUAAUUGCUGUGAAGAGGCUGAAUCAGGAAGGGUUCCAAGGUGAUAGAGAAUGGAUGGCUGAAAUCAAUUACCUUGGGCAAUUGCAUCAUCCCAAUCUUGUAAAGUUGAUUGGUUUCUGUUAUGAGGAUGACCAUCGACUUCUGGUAUAUGAGUUCAUGUCUCGUGGUAGCAUGGAGAAUCAUCUUUUUAGGAGAGGUUCUCACUUUCAGCCUCUUUCUUGGAGCAUCCGAGUGAAAGUUGCCCUUGGAGCCGCUAGGGGACUUGCCUUUCUUCACAACGCUAAACCACAAGUUAUAUAUCGCGACUUCAAAACUUCUAAUAUCCUGCUUGAUUCGAACUACAACGCAAAACUUUCUGAUUUUGGGUUGGCUAGGGAUGGGCCAACUGGCGACAAGAGUCAUGUGUCCACUAGGGUUGUGGGAACCUAUGGAUAUGCUGCUCCAGAGUAUCUAGCCACAGGUCAUUUGACGGCCAAGAGUGACAUAUACAGUUUUGGAGUUGUUCUGCUAGAAAUGCUCUCUGCCCGACGAGCCAUAGACAAGAACCGACCUUCUGGAGAGCACAACUUGGUGGAGUGGGCAAAACCUUACCUGACUAACAAACGCAGAAUAUUCCGUGUAAUGGAUCCACGUCUUGAAGGGCAAUACUUGUUAGAUCAAGCCCAAAAAGCAGCCAACCUCGCCCUUCAAUGCUUAGCUGUAGAACCCAAAUUCAGGCCAAACAUGGAUGAGGUGGUAACAGCACUAGAGCAGCUCCGGGAGCCGAGAAACAUGCAGAAAAGUGGGCAAAAGGGAAAUACUCAUUGCCAUCCCAAUAGUAGAUCAACUGGUAAUCCGAGGCCCUCUGCUUCACCACUUCAUGUUUAGGAUAAAUUUUUUUUUUGUUGUUGUAGCCCCAAUUGGUUUGCUGAUUCGAAGGUCAAGGGCAUCUAGAGUUUUAAGAGGCAUGAAUCAUAUUGAUUGCUGUACAGUUCUUGUUUUGACUAGGUUGUCCAUGAGUUCAAAAGAUCAGUUGCAUAUAUUAUAGAGCAUGCAUGAAUGCGUCCAAGGUUUUGCCAUACCAUAUCAUAUAAUUCAAAACUAUGGAAUGUAUUUUGAGCCAGUUUGAAAAUGUAAUUGAGAUUACUUUGGUGUUUCUCCUUAUAACACAGCAUUGUUUGAGUCUCAAUCCUAUAAUAGCUUGUAUGCUUGGAUGAUACAAAUAUAGUGAGGCACCAUCA